AUGGUGGCCUACACCUGCGACGACAGCACAUGGAGGCUGAGGCAGAAGGGCGAUCAUGAGUUUGAAGCAAGUUUCCGACGCCGCAGCGCAGCGGUCCGCGCACACCCGCGUCUACACAGCGAGCUCCGCGUGUCCGGGGCCUGCGCCCUCACCCCACGGCCACCGGCCCGCAGACCACAGCUCCACGGAUGUUCCAGUGACCAAGCUGCCGGUGCUGCUGCUGCUGGGACCAAAGCCCGCCCUGAAGGAGGAGGAGGCCACGGUCCCUGCUGCUCACGCCGCGGUGCCUGCCUCUCUGCCCUCCUGCUGCUCCUGCUGGCAAUGCUUGCUGCCCUCGUUGCCCUGGUCUCCAGCCUUGGACUCCCAUCCCGCACACCAGGGGCCCAGGUCUGUGUGACACCGACCAACAGAACAGGCUUCCUAUGCCACGACCAGAGGAGCUGCAUCCCCGCCAGUGGGGUGUGUGACGGCCUCCGCACUUGUCCCCACGGCGAGGACGAGGACGAGAGCUUGUGCCGAGAUGUGCCCCGCAGCCUCCCCAGCUUCCUCGUGGCCCGCUGCGGAGACCCAGCCUCCUGGAUCUAUUCUGACCAAAAGUGUGAUGGGACAAACAACUGCGGGGACUGCUCGGAUGAACUGAGCCCAGUGACCGAGUGCCCACCCUGCGGCCCUGGGUGGUGGCGCUGCCCUUCCACCUUCUUCAAGUACUGUGACUGUGUCCCGAGGACCCUGUGCCAGGAUGGCACGCAGCACUGCACCGACUGGUCUGAUGAGUACUCCUGUCUGCGGCCCUGAGGGAUCCUCCAGGCCAGCAAGAGGCUGCUGGGGAUGGUGCAGAUGACUGCUCACACGUGAAGCCUGAAUCCUGGGCUCCAGCACAGGAAGACGCUUUCCUCUUUCUUUCUUUUUAUUGGGGGGAUAUUGGGGAUUGAACUCACAGCCUUGCACUUACCAGGCAGGUGCUUGAGCCACUGACCUAAACCUCCAGCCUCCUGGAAGGCGCUUUCCAAAUCAUCUGAGGAAGUGUGGGGUAUAGCUUGAUGGUAAAGCACUCACUUAGCAUGCUCGAGGCCCAGGCUCCCACCCCAGCACUGCAAAGCAUAAGUGGCCUAGUGGCACCUCCACGUCACUUGUGAAUCACAAUGGCCUUUCCUGCUCUCCCAUGGCUCAGCCUCUCCCUGAAUGCCUCUAGCGGGGAGUUAGUUCUCUGUCAUGUCAGGCCCCUGUAGCAAAGAUGAGACUCUGCCGCCAUGGUUUCAGAUCUGCCUGGAGCCACAUGAAAGGAACAGGCACCUGUACUCUAAGACAGGUUUGCAGCUCCUGAUCUUAUCAUCACCCUGUGGAAAGAUCAGUCUGUACCCUCUCUGCCAAGCCAAGGAUCUGGCCAUCCUCCAGGGUGGCACAGAAGUACAGCGCAUGCCCCUUCCUCCCUCCUGGUACCUAAGGCACACAGUGCGGGGCUUUCUCUCUGUCUCUGAUAACAUGUGAUGACUGAUUACAUGUGAUGGCGUGGGAGGCAGGGUGCUUGUCCUCCUGCCAGCAGGAAGCGUCCCCAAGACUUGCCGCUGUAGAACAGAAGGUGGGGAGGGAGGAUGGCCGGAGGGUCCCGGGCCCCACCCCAGCUGCCAGCCGGACAGCCAAGGUUCCCAAGAAAGAAUUAGAGCUGCAGGGAGCUGCUCUCAACCUCUUCCCGCUUCACAAUGCCCAGGCAGGCAAGGAGAGAUGUCUCCCUUGGACAAAUGGGGGAAGCUGAGGCCCGGGGGAAGUGACCCAUCCAGGAUCUUACAGCAGUGCCAGGGCUAGAACUGGAACUCGGAUGCAGUUAGCCACACCCCAACCCGAUGUGACCAGGCCAGGCCAGGCUAAGAAAGUGUCCCACACUCAUUCUGGAGACACAGAGAGAGGCAUGGAUUCUGGACAAGGGAGAAGACAGAUCUAUUGCCAUUUAGGUUUUAUAGGUCGGCCUCUUGUGAGUUUUGAAACAAAAAUGGGCAUCAAAGAGUGCAGUGAGCGGUGAGCGGUGAGUGAUGCUUGGUUCAUUUCCCCCCUCCUUCCUUCUCUGGCACGCUCGGCUUACCUGGGCCCGGUCAGGGACUCCUGGGCUCCAAAGGAAGAGGCCUGAGAGCAGAGGCUGCACCUCAAGUCAUGGAGGUGCGGGUGGACAGGGGAAUGGAACGGGGGUAGGGGGGGCUGGGCCCCACGAGGUGCCUCCGGGAGUUAGGCCUUCACAGCUCUGACUGGAGCAUCCGGACCCUGUGGGAGCUUGAGCUCCCAAGUGCUGCCUAGGCGUGGUACCUUCGCUGAGUUUCUUUGUAACUGCAGCCUGAGCGGCUCCUGCAGACCCCAGCCUCAUCCUUGGCUCCCCAGGGUUUGGUCAGGCCUGCUGACUGGAGAGCCUCCUUCCCACAGACUCACAGAGAGAGGCGAGGAAGGGCAAGCCUGGUCCCUGAGGAAGGCGUGAGGCAUGCAGAGCUCAGCUGGGAAAGGUCCGCCACACCAGAGUAGGCAGCAUCCUGGGUAGGGGAGGGAGAGAGGUGCAAGAGAGAGGAGGGGCUUCUGAAGGGCACAGCUGGUCACACCGUAAUUGAGGGCAGUGGGGCAUCAGUGGAGCCUUCGCCAGGGAAAUGCCUGAUUAGAGUCCCUAAUGUGUCUCAUCGGAGAGAUGAGGCCGCUAGCUGACCUGUGCCCACUAGCUGGGGGCAGAGCCAGGCAGUCGGCCUCUGAAGCUGGAUUGGCUGUCUCAUGUUGCCUUGGUCAGAAGACCUCUGCUUCCUCAGAAGGAGCCAGGAGCAGAGGAGAGCAGGAGUUGACACCCCAAGCUGAAGCUGAGCUGAGAAGCAGGGGUCCAGUUGCUGGAGGGUGUAGGGGAGCUUGGCUUCCAGGCUGCAGAGAGGGAUUUUGCCCAAGGGGCUGAGGUUUGUAGCAGGAGGAAUACUCCCAACUGCUUUGAAAAGGACUGCAAAGAAGAGUGAGGAAGAAGGAGCCUGAGACAGACUGGCUGCCGGGCUUCCUAAAGGACAAGGAGCAAAGCUCCGGGCCCAGUGCUGUGCUGGCAGCUGUCACAAGUGUUAGCAGUCAGCGCGAACCCGGAGAAGGCCUGCUCCGUGGAAUCUCACGUUCUCUAAUCUUCACAAGCAUUCAGCAAACCUGGCUUGGUUACUCCACUUUCAGGGCCACGGAGAGACAGAGGGGUUGGGCUAGGAUCACACAGCCUUUAAGAUGCAGAUUCAGGAGCUAACCUUGAUGGGCUUGGAAUCAGAGCGCACUGGGGCGCUCUGGUACCUCUCUCUCUCAGCCAGGGCUGGGGGGGGGGUGCUGGCACUGGCAGGAGAGCCCGUGUUUGUUUCUCUUGUCUACUGGUCCUUCCACCUGGGAACACGUGCUGUACUGCCCUCCAAACUGCACUCCUAGGGUGGACCCAGGAGACCCAGAGGAAGUGGGCCAGGCCUGCCCCUGACACAGCAGCAGAAUAGCCUGGGUGAGCGCUCUGUAGCCACCAUCAAUAUUUGCUCUCUCCCUGCCUCUCUGGCCCUGGCUCCAAGACCAGGACUUUAAGUAUAACAGAUUUUUCUCUGUGUAAACAUGCAGGGAUAGAUAAUGGAAUUUAAAGGGGCUCAGGCUGGGCUCCAGGGUGUGUGUGCUGGAAAUCUGGGCUGGUUUAACUGUGUGCCAUCACUGUUUGCCAGGGACUGUCUCUUUAUCCUUAGACACACAGUCACAGACAUCAGUGCAGGCAGGGAGGGACUUCAGAGCACAGCCCGGCUCUUGACAAAAGAGGAUACCACUUCCCUAGAGGGGAAGGGGACCUGCCUAAAGCUACCCUGCCUAGUGGCUAUCAUAUAGUCACACAGUGGUCCCCACUUAUCUGUGGGGUACAUUCCAGGACCCUCAGUGAAUGGGCAAAGAGCACCAACCCUGCAUAUACUAUUUUUUCCUAGGAUAAACUUUAAUUCUAAGAGAAUUAAUAAAAUUUAUUUAAUAAACUUUAAUAGUAAGAGAUCAACCACAAUAAUCAAUAAUAAAACAGAUUAGUCAUAAUGCACUGUGUUGAACUUUCCAGCAUCACUUCUCCCGUGUUUUGGGGCCAUCCUUAAGCAAACUAAGAGCUACCUGAACCCAAGCACUGUACUGACGCAAUGGCCCAUGGCUGGGAACUGACAGACGGCAGGAGCUGGCAGUGUAGAUGGUGGAUCUGCUGUCAAAGGCACAGCAGGGAACUCACGGGCAGGGGACUUCAUCGCACUUCUUAGAAUAACACAAUAAUUAAAACU